AUGUUUCAGUCCGCGAAACCCUAUUCGGCCGUGACGGUCCAAAUAGAGGUCCUGACCAGCGAACAAUAUGAGAUCGAAGACUCGAGCGGCAUCGUCGAUCUGGUAGAGGUCGUUCGCAUUCAAGCCAGUGGCCCCACAGAAGCAAGCCGAGCGUUGCGCAAGAAGCUGAAAUACGGCAACCUUCAUCGACAGCUUCGGGCACUCACGAUCCUCGAUUUCUUGAUCCAAAACGCAGGCGACCGUUUCUUGCGCGAAUUCGCCGAUGAGCCUUUGCUAGAACGAUUGCGCAUCGCUGCCACCGACUCCGUCUCAGACCCCCUCGUGAAGCAAAAGUGUAAACAGCUAUUUGCACAAUGGUCAGUCACAUACAAGGACACGCCGGGCAUGGCCAAGAUUACGGCGCUUUACAAGCAACUUCCAAAGCGCAAGCAACCAGCCACACAGGCCAAGGCCAAGGUCCUUCGCGAAGGAUCGAUUCACAACGAACCAGCCAUGGGUCAUACUGUCACCAUCUCGGCCGGCAAUGGACCAGCGACAACACUCAGCAGUCCAAAGCAAAAAUCCAAAUCAAAGGAGAAGAAGAGGGACAAGAAGCUCUCAAUCAGCUCGAAGAGCUUCAAUCUCGAGCGGGAACGCCCGCAGAUUCUGGAGACGAUUGCUUCUGCCUCGGUGGAGAGUACGAAUCUACUGAAUUCCUUGAAACUGGUCAACCGCGAGACCACUCGCGUCAGCGAUGAUGUGGAAUGUAGCCACCGAUUCGAUACUUGCAAGAAGCUCCGUCACCAAAUUCUGCGAUACAUCCAAUACAUCGAGAGCGAGGAUUUCCUUGGCGGAUUGAUCCAUGCCAAUGAAGAGCUUGUCACUGCAUUGAUGGCCUUUGAGGUUUUGGAUAAGAGUGUGGAUUACGACAGUGAUAGUGACGACGAUGUGCUGUCGGGCAACUGGCGGUCGCGCGCUGAUAUCGAAGCUGAAAUGAACCAGAGCUUUAGCGGGUUGUCGGUAAACCCGCCAAAGCCGCCAAGGCCUAGUCUGCCCGUUGCUUCGUCUUCGCAGCAUGGGCGGCAAAUCUUUGAAAGUGAGAGUGAGGAGGAGGAGGAAGACGAUGACGAUGAAGAUAACCCCUUCGGAGAUCGCAAUGCGAUUAAAACGCCUGGCAUUGAGAAAGCUGGAUAUUCAUGGUAUGCAUUGCAUUCUUUAAGUCAGGUUGGACAAGUUACUGACGAACGUACAGGAAGGAAGUAUAGUUCAUGA